ACCAAGACCGAGACCAAAAAAGAAGGAGAGGCUAAAGGAAGGCGAGUUAGAGAGAAAAGGAAUAAAACAAUAAUAAUAAGAAGAAAACGACGAAGAAGAAAAUAGUGAGAGAAGAGGAGUGAGAGGACCAGAUAUCACCAUCAUGUCCUUCAUAACAGACAUCCAGCUGAUGAUGCACGGGUUUGGUGACUGCCGCAAGCCCCUCCCUGAGACAGCUGCGGUCAUCGAGUCUAUUGUACACCAGCAAAUGACUGUUUUCCUGCACUUGGCUACAGACAUCGCAGAGCAGCGUGGCACAAGGGUGGUGGGACCUGAGGACAUCCUGUUUGUCAUGCGCCGAGACCCACUCAAACUGCAGAGACUCGUUCACUACAUGGGAGUGAGGGACUUAUACCAGAAGACUCGCACCAGCACCUCCUCAAUGUCUGCCAGCGAUAUCACCGACUUAUCAGCGGAAGGGCCAGAAAUAUCAAGGAAGAAACUCUGCAUUAACUUCCUGCAGAUGAUAGACCAAACGGGGCAGUACGAGCCGCUCUACUCCUCCUCCCUGCAUGACCCGGUGAAGACAGAACGCGCGUCACGGCUCGAUGCUAUCACGCAGGGAAUGUCAUGCCAGCGCUACAAGGAGUACUGUGAGGCGAGGAGAGCUUCAUUCUGCCCGCGUCUGAGAGUCAACAAGUUCCGUGAUUGGCUGCUUGGUGAGGAGAACAGCGACGUGAAGCUGACACAGCUGGUUUUGGAGAUGUUAAACCGCCUGGCAUACGAAACAGUGGCCCAGAUAGUUGACCUGGCGCUGUUGGUGAAGAGGGACGCAACAGGACACAAUUCUGACCUCUCUCGCUUCAGGACACCCACUGCCUUCAACCCAGAUUACCCGAGUGUGUUCAUCCAUCAAAGCGGUUCCCUGCAGGAGAUUGGCACGGGGGACGAACACUGCAUCGGCAUGGACCCCAUCACCCCCUCGGAGGUGCGGGAGGCCAUGCGACGUUACUGGGCCAACAACUCUGUCCUGGCGCCCUUCUCCAAGAUACGCUCCCCCAUUGCCUGUAAGCUCCUCGCUGCCUGAAGGGCUGUGAUGGGAAGUGAUGGGGUGUUCUUGUUGCAGUUCACUUCAUUCUGUCUCAUUUUGCUUUGUUGUUAUCCUUUUCUUCUUUUUUAUUCUCCUAUGUAUUUUUAUUUAUUUAUUUAUGUUAUUUGUGUGUGUGUGUGUGUGUGUGUGUGUGUGUGUGUGUGUGUGUGUGUGUGUGUGUGUGUGUGUAUUUACCUAGUUGUAGUUUACGGGAGGGGAGCAAGCUUGUAUUGAUCCGUCUUUAUACCUUGUUUCGUCCAGCUUAGCUUUGAAACUGUGAACACUGACUGCAUUUACGAUGUCUAUAUCUAAUCCAUUCCAGGUGUCCACAGCUCUAUGAGGGAAACUGUACUCCUUAAUGUCUCUUGUACACUGCACCUUCUUCAAUUUCUUCCCAUGUCCCCUUGUAGUCCUUGUUUCCAGGUUUAAAAAGUCACCAUCCACUUUAUCCAGGUUAUCCACCAUUUUAUAAAUACCUAUCAAGUCUCCCCUUUCUCUCCUACUUUCAAGUGUUGGAAUUUCCAGUUUUCUCAGUUUUUAAUCAUAUCAGUAUCCAAAUAUGAGAAGGCCAUUCUAAUUCUCCUUAGCAGAUUUGUUACUUCUCCCGUGAUUUUAUUUAUAUGCCUGUCUGGGGCUAAGCCUUCUGUAAUUGUCACCCCUAAAUCCACUUCCUCUUUAGACCUUUCCCAACUAAAAAUUUUCCAUGUGUGUGUGUGUGUGUGUGUGUGUGUGUGUGUGUGUGUGUGUGUGUGUGUGUGUUUCCUAAAGCUGCUUUCAAACAAAUGAUUUUUGCCAGUGUGGUACAUGCAGCACAGCAGCCACCUGGCACCUGGACAUCUAUGGUGACAGUGUAGUGUGUGUUGUGUUACUCUCAACAUCUGCUUCAGUAUCUCCUUGUCAUAGUUCUUACUGCACCACUGCCUCUCAAUCAUGAAUUCAGUGAGAAAACUGAAAAGAUACAAUGUCUGUUUUCCUGAUUAUAUCACUAUAAAAGCUCUUAAAGUUUGUCAGAUAAAUUCAGAUAUCUCUAUUUUCCUACAUAUUUUCCCUAAGAGAAUUCACAAAUUUUGUGAAGAAACUGAAGAUAUCUCUUUUUUCCUCAAAUUUACAAAGAAACUCAUACCUUUAGUAAGAAAUAAUCCACACCAUACAAGGGAAGGCACCCACAGCAACACAUAACUACCAACACUGUUGUGUGGCAUUCCUGCUAUUGUGGUGUUGCUGGCGGGGCAGCAGGGUGGCAAGGUGCAGCUGGCAGAAUGGCAAGACUGCUGCUCUGGCCUCAUGUGAAUACACCCAAAGAGUUAAUGUAAUAAUGUAACCACUGAAGAAGGCAGUGCUGAUACCAGUUACAGGGAGGAGUGUGGGUAGACAGAGAAUAAGAUAGAAAGACAUACUGAAGCAUGACAUGAACAAACUUGGACUAUAAGAAGAAAAUGCAAUGAAUAGAAACAGGUGGAAAAAAAAAAUUUGAGCGGCUGAUCCUACUAGAGUGGGAAUAAAGUUGUAUGAAGAAGUCAAUAUAAUGGUAAACCAUGCUGCAUGUGCCAGACCAGCGAAAAACUUCUGCAUGAAAGCAGCCCAAUAGGAGCAUGUCAACUGAUGGGAACUGAUGUGAUGUGAUUGGGUAAUGUUUUACUUAUGUUAUUUCACUUCAUUUUGUCUCGAGGAGCAUGUCAUCUGAUGUGAACUGAUGUUAUGUGAUGAGGUGAUGUUCAUUUUGUCUCAUUUUGUUCUUUCAUGUCAAUUUUUCUUCUCAUUUUCUCUUGGUGUGUUUCUCAUCAUCCUCAUGUUCAUCCUUUACAAGUACUACCAUGCAAUCUGAGGGCAUUUUUGGGGUAUUAUUGUGUACAGUACAUUAAUAAACUGGGCAUUCAUUUUCAGGAUAUUAAUUAAAAAAGAUAUAUUGUUCUUAUUUUAUUUAUUUAUAUUUUUUUGGCAAGUUUUGAAAGGUGUAUCAUGUUAGCUGGAAUAAAAGUGUGUUAUGUUUA